UUGACAGGGUGAGGCGAACAGUUCAAGUGCGCAUGUCUCGUAAUAAUACGCCAUUCACCAGCUGCAAGUCAUACAGUAUCUGGAAUGCAACGCUCACUUUGCUCGGUUACACCAUGAUCGCAGUUAUAUCCGCUAUUCGUGUCUUUGCCGUGACGGAGCGUAACUGGCUCCUCUCACUGUUGACCCUCACAUUGGGUCUACUGCCAGUACUCAUUAACAUUUACUUAUUAACUACCGCAUACUACCUAGUCAAAUCGGUGCCGACAACAACCGUUUGUGCUGUUCUGUCCACUAUAUCUCCCCACUCGGCGAAUAAAGUUGCUCUGGCCAGCCGUCUUGGUGUCAUUCUUUCCGAUAUACUCGUCGUGUCCGCUACGUGGUUCAAUCUGUUCCAAUCGGCAAGAUUCAGUGCAAAGAGCGGGUUUCUGACCAGCUCUGUCUCCUGGUAUCUGCUGCGAGACGGCACACUGUACUUCUCUGUGAUUCUCGUCCUCAACCUCAUCGACAUCCUCCUUUGGUGGUUCGAUCGAAUACAAUUCUUCACAAGCUUGAUCUUCCCUCUAUCCCUCAUCUUGCUGUCGCGGCUACUCAUCAAUCUUCGUCAGGUGGCAUACUCCGACGCCGCCAUCCGGUCACUGAGUACUUCCGGUCACAGCACGGGAGCGGACCUCCCUACUCAGAUGUCAGACGUCUUCUUCGUGCCUCGCACCACAUCCGGCAUGGACACGGACGAAUCUCCGACUCUGGAGACCUUCGAAGAUGAAGAGGACGUCGAGAUGGCAGAAGUUGCAAUUGGCGACGACGACGAACGCCCGAUUGGUGUCGGGAAUCUGGAGGCGGAUGCACUCAAAUAGCAAGCGGGGUCGCACACGCGCACGAAUCUCUACAUGCGUACGGACUGCUCAAGAUGUAUUCGGGUAUCAACUGCGGCUACGUAGCCCCAACGGAUUCAAACGUCGGAGCCACGUUGUCUACCUUGAAGUCUCGAGUUCGAGAGGGGCUUUCCUACGGGAGUCAUUCUGUACAGUAGCCACCCACUGGCAAGCAUUCGGUCGUAUGUACAUGGUACAGUUGGCGUGCGGCGCAGACAUCCCCUUUCGAAGUCAUAUGCAGCGAUUUCCUUAAA